AUAAUUGAGGAGCGUGCAUGCAAAACCGAACAUGUCGAUAAAAGUUCGAAAUCAAAGUAACCAUCAGAUCUUCAUCCUUAGGAUCAUUCACAUCGAUCGGUGCCGAGACAUCCGCACAAAGUGAGACAUAUCCUAUAAAUUUUGUAUGAGUAAAAUAGGCAACCCGUGCAAAAACAAACAUGUCUCAGUGACUGAUUCAUCCAUAACCGAACAUGUCAGUUUGCACCAAUCAGGUUGUGUAGUUGGUAGUCACGUGACACUAUGUUUACUAGUUAUCAUUCAGUACACCAGACAUUGUUGGAAUGUUGGAUAUAAAGUUGAAAUAUCAGUGUAAAAGAGCGUAUUUUAUUCAUAUAAAAGGUAUAAUAAACAUAAAAAUAAUAUGGAUUGUGAAAUAUCAGUACGUGAAGGGUCCAGGGGACAGAGAAAGAAGAAAUUGAAUGAAAAUAAGAGAGAACAGGCUGAAAAAAAGCGGUACAGUGCACCAGCUGGUUCGAAGGUGUUUAUAGGAUGUAAUCACAACAAUAAACGUUUUUUGUGCACAAAGAUUCGUCCUUACGAUGCAGUUUUCAUACGCGAAAAAAUAUUUAAAUGCCAGAAUAAGGUGACACAAGACAGUAAAAUCGCUGGAUGGAUACAAGUGAUGGAUAUAAAAAAAAGCAGACCAAGAAUCUCUACAGCUAUACAAGGUAAGAAACCUAAGCCACAUGCUUUCCACGUUGUAUAUUCCGUGCCUACAAAACAUGGAAAAACAGUGAAUGUUUGCAAGAAAUUUUUCAUGACCUUAACAUGCAUGAAAAAUAGCAGAGUGAACAAACUGUGCAAGGUGGUCAAAUCAGGUGAAGAUAUCAAAGAAAAUAGAGGAGGCGAUAGAAUCAGCCACAAAACUACAGAAAAAAAAGCCAUGGUUCGGGAGUUCCUUGGAAAUCUAAAGGGAAGUGAGUCGCACUAUAACCGAAAGAAAUCGAAGCGAAUUUACUUGAACUGUGAUUUGUCGCAAAAUAAAUUAAGAAAGGCUUACAAUAAUUCGGUGACUGAUCAAUUUAAAGUGACGAGAACAAUGUUUCAGCGAAUUUUUUCACAAUUCAAUAUUGGAUUUAAGUCUCCUGCAUCUGACGUGUGCACUUUUUGCAAUAAAAUAACGUUCCAGAUAAAAACCGAAAAAAAUUCUGAUGAACGAUCAAAAUUAAUGAUGGAAAAAAGAGUGCAUACAUUGCGGGCGAAAACAUUUUAUGACUUGUUGAAACUCCCCGAUGAUGAUGAUACCCUAACGUUUUGCUUUGAUCUCCAGCAGGUCCAGCCUUUACCAAAAACUGCUAUCCAAGAGGCUUUUUAUUCAAGACAGAUAAGUUUUUACGCUUUUUGUGUAGUUGAUCAGCAGUCAAAGCGGCCUGUCUUCUACACCUGGACAGAGGACCAAGCUGGAAGAGGUUCCGUUGAAUUUUCAUCAGCUCUUAUAGACUUUUUCAAGACGUACAUCAUACCUCAAAAUAAAAAAAAUAUACGCCUUUUUUGUGACGGAUGUGGAGGCCAAAACAAGAACAAUAUUGUCGUGCAUUCUUUAAUUGACCUUCUAUAUAAACACUUACGUAGUUCCAUUGAAAACAUCACUCUGUUCUUUCCUGUUCGAGGCCAAAGUUUUUUACCUGCAGACAGAGUUUUUGGACGAACCGAACGUAAACUCAGAAAAAAAGUGUCUAUCAACACAGUUGAAGAAUAUCGAGCAGUUUACGCCACUGUUGGGACCGUAAAACAUUCAGGUCCAGACUGGAUGAUAAAGGAUGUCAAAUCUCUUUCACAGAAUUUCAAAAAUAAUGUUGGGAUUAAAGACUUGAAAAAAAUCAUUAUCACUAAAAUAAACAACCAUGUAAAAGUCACGGGCCAGAUGUACUACAGAUUUGAAGAGGAAAAGACACCUACAACUCUUUUCAAAAAAGGGAUCACUUCAACGUCAGCUCAGCGAUUUCUAAUGGAAUCUUUACCUCUGGAGCAUCCAAUUCAAGAAGCUAAAAAAAAGAUGUGGACGCACUUCUAA